AUGUUGAAACCUUUCCAAAUCAAAGACCUUCACAGGUCUCCAUCCCAAAGCCACGAGGAUCUUUCAGGCCGACCAUCAAGUUCUCGUGGAGUCGUGCAGAUAUCAGCCGCCGACUACGAUGACAUCGCCUCUAAUCACCCUCGGGCAAGGCUCACUUAUCUGGAUGAUGAUGACGGUGAUCAAAUCACGGUUGGAUCUUCUCUCGAACUUUCUCAGCGCCUAGACGAGCAAGUAGCGAUCGAAACAAGGCUUGACAACUUCCAGCCAUCCCAGGAUGAGCUGGCUCCGAUGCAUAUAUUCGAUAUCCGUCGAUCAAACUCGGUUACUGAGUUGUGGAGACAAUUCGAGAAAAAGAAUAACGAUAGUGUACGAUCGCAGCAAGUGGUAAUUGAUAUUGCUGCUCCGGCAGAUCCCGCAAAUGAUGAACGUGAGCAUAAAGAGGAACCAGAUUCAAAUGACACCAUUACUACCUCGCCUCCGAGAGAUGGCGACCAGCCUUUUAUGGCAGUGUUUGAGGCUGAGUUGGCCAAUGUCCUCAACUCUGCGGAUAACAUUGGGGAUAGGGCUGCACAGCCAGAACCAUCAUCUGCAUCCGUACCCCCAUUCCCGAACACUGGCUCACAGAGAACACCUCACCCCUUGGAGGUCAUUGCGGCCACAUUCCUUUAUCACCUGGUCAAUGGAGCCAACUCCGUACAGUCUGAACUGAGCAGUAGGCUCCCAGAGCUGCAAGACCAACUGCGAAAUGCUCAGAGAACCGUUCCAGAGAACGUACGAACCUCGCUGCAGAGUCUGCUGGCCACAAUUGAAGCACACAUGCGGAUUGCUUUCAAUAAUCUGCCGGAUAAUGGAAGACAACUGGCAGAAGACGCCAUCAAUGCUGGGCGACCUGUCGCUGAGAAUGCUGCCGACGGUUUACGAAUGAUGGCGUCGGAGUUUAAUGAGGCAGGCCGAACAUUAUUCUCAGCCUUUGAGAAUGAGUUUGGGCGUUUUGGACUAAAUGGCUCGACUACCACAUCUGAGAGACCACAUCCGACACCUAGUCCAUUUACAGGUUCUACCUCCAAUGGUCCCGUGUCACCAGACCCCACGUCUCGGGACGCUGAUAUCCAUCCCGGAGAUUCAGAAAUGCAAGAGAAAGAGGCUGCUGAUUCCGGUCCGUCUUCGGCGCCGAAUCCUGAGGUCGGCGCAUAUACUACGCCUCCUGAUGCCAAAAGGCACCAAGGCCCCCCUUUCCCUCCCCAAUAUCCUCCCUGGCAAGCACCAUGGGAUCCUGUGCGCCCUACCCGGCACCAUCGACCACCGCCUCCACGUCCACCCGGCACAGUCGGUCCUCACAACCUCCAUGGCGCGCCUCCAAUGCCUCCUCCAAAAGAAACCUCAAAUAUUCCGGACAGUCAAUCAGAGGUCCUUGAAAAGAAAGCCCUGUUCAUCGGAAAUGUUGGGUACAAAGUCACUGAAAGAAUGAUCCAAGAUGUCUUUGCUUCGAAGGGGUUCAUUGUCUCUGCACACCUUCCCCAAGACUCCAACACUGGCAGACAUGCCGGCUUUGGCUACAUAGAUUUCCCUUCAAUUCAUCCGGCUAUAGCAGCAAUACAUGCUUUGCAAGGUGUGCACAUUGAUGGACAUGCGAUCAAUCUUGAGUUCACUGAUGAUGCCCUCAUUGAGUCUGUGUGCCCAUCAGAGCGCCCUAGCCAUGCCGAACCGAGUACUCUAUAUGAGACUUACACACGCCAGGAGCUUCCUUCUGAAUCCAAGGGCUCCGGAGCAUCUGCUCUGGAGCAAAAAGACUCUGGAGUUUCCGUUGACCAGUCAGCCCGUGCCCGUCGUGCUGGUCGCAGAAAAUCAGUGACAUUCCAGGAACGAGAUCUGUCUUCGUUAGAUCUCAAGGACACGAAGGGGAAGCCCAAAGAGAUUCCGGUUCGGCUUCAAUCGCCUCCGCUGAUUGAUUUAUCCACCGAUAACCCUACUUCUCAACACAAGUCGGACGAAGUGCACAAUCAUUUCCCCACGCUGAAUCCAGAGCUGGAGAUGAGUCGUUUCCCGCCCGUCUCCCAGUUAGAAGCCCAGCUCUUCGCCAACCAACAACAAGGCCGUGCGAUUGGUACUGAAUCCGACGCGACGACCAGUCAAAUGGCAACUGGUCCAGAUUUGCUACCUGAAUUUCAGUCAGCUUCCUCGUAUUACCCCGCUGGUCCCGGGGACGAGACAUCGUCCAUGAUUUUCGCCGGCCGACAGAAACAACGUGGCUCUGGAGGCCCCGGUCUUCAUCGCUCAAGUACAAUGACAUUCACACGCCGAGAAGGGGAGCCCUUGGGAAUGCCCAACCCAACGUCUUCGGACGGUCCCUCCAAUGUUAAUCCAUUGAGGAGACAUGCUACGGAGCGCCACUCGCUUCGACGUGGUCCCCGCGAUUCCACCGAGACAGACACUUGGGCGCGAUUGGACAGAAGAGAACGCCGCCGUUCCAGACGCUCAUCCUAUCACAGCAUUCCCGGGAGUUUCCCUGUGGAAGAGGCACCUCAACCUGCAGCGUCUGGUCCGCCUGAUGCUAGCGUCAAGGCUAAAGAGUCUGACAUCGACAGAUGUGUCUCCUCCCUUAUGGAUAUGGGCUAUGGAACUGCUGACGACGGCGGGCGAUCUCGGAUGGCAGUUUAUGCUGCGGCUUCGAACGGCAGCCUCUAUGAUGCGAUCGAAAUGAUUGAAGAAGAGAGAAAAGUGUAUGCCAGGCACUGUCGGGAGUAA